AUGGAUGAGCCUGCUACACCGGCGAAGCAGACUGGUAUUGGAGGUGCUGGGCAAAAGAGGCGGUAUACUACGACACCACCGCGGGAAAUACGGCAGUAUCAAAGUAGGAGUUCGUUUGGGGUGAAUAGUAGUGGCAAUGUUGAUGGUAAAUCGAUCAGAUCUCGGACGCACUUGACGUCAUUUUACAAGGAGAAUGUUAUGGAGCUUAAUGAACUGCAGGAUAAGCUAUUUCAGAAGAAAGGCGUCCUGGAUGGGUUGAAAGAUGAAUAUGAGGACUUAAAAUCGCGAUACACUGCUCUUGACCUCAAAUGGGAACAGAAAAAGGAGGAGAGGAAACUGAAGGCCCAGAAAUUAGAGUUAAAAGAGAAAGAACUUAAGAAGAUCAAAGAUGAUUUUGCGAAUAAGAAAACCUUCUUGGAAGAAAGUCAUAAGCUCAAGCUUGAACAGUUGACGGCGAAUAAAAAUGCCGAAUUGAAUAAAAUGAACGAUGAGUACAGAUCGAAAUUGGAAGCGCUAAAAUAUGAAAAGAUCAAAAAGUUCGAGAAUGAGAAAAAUGAGCUGAUUGAAAAGAUAGAAGAAAUAAGGAAUAAAAUGAUAACGAAUGACGUAGCUUUGCAGCAAAGAAUGAAAGAUAUUGAAGCAGAUCAUUUAGAAGAGAAAGAGAAAUGGUUAAAAGACUAUCAAAAGGAAUGGAGAGAAGUUACUGAAAAAAAUCAAGAGAGCAUAAGGAAGACCAAGGAAUUGAAAUCCGAAAUUGAAACCGUACUUACUCCACGGAUAGAUACACAGAACAAAAGACUGGAAGAGUUAAAAAGUGAAAUUAAGAAACUGGAUGAUACUUUACAGAACAAGAAUGAACAGGUAGGUGAAAUUAGAAAAAAUAUUGAUCUAGAAAGAGAAAAGAAGGACAAGCUACUAGCUGAAAAAGAAGAAAUACUAGCCUAUAUUGAAAAAUCGAAAAAGGAGGUAGAAGAAAUUAAGAAAAUUCUAGUGAAAGAAGAAUCGCUAAGAAGAGCUUUACAUAAUGAGUUGCAAGAACUGAGAGGUAAUAUACGUGUAUACUGUAGAAUUCGACCCCCUCUACCUCAUGAAGAUGAUAAUAUUGAACAUAUUAAAGUACAACCUUUUGAUGAUGAUAACGGAGAUCAGGGAAUGACUAUAAAUAGAGGAAACAGUCAGGUAAUUCCAUUUAAGUUUGAUAAGAUAUUUGACCAGCAGGAAACAAAUGAUGAAAUAUUCAAAGAGGUUGGACAGCUUAUUCAGAGUUCAUUGGAUGGCUAUAAUGUCUGCAUUUUUGCUUAUGGUCAAACGGGCUCUGGUAAAACAUAUACAAUGUUAAAUCCAGGUGAUGGUAUUGUGCCGGCCACAAUUAACCAUAUAUUUUCCUGGAUUGACAAGUUGGCUGCAAGAGGUUGGAGUUAUAAAGUUAGCUGUGAGUUCAUUGAGAUUUAUAAUGAGAACAUUGUCGACCUGCUAAGAAGUGGCGCACCUUCUCAGGAAAAUAAUGAUAGGAAUGCAGAUAGCAAACAUGAAAUUAGGCAUGACCAAGAAUUAAAAACCACAUAUAUUACCAACAUAACCACAUGUGUCUUAGACUCACGGGAUACAGUAGAUAAGGUACUGAAGAGGGCAAACAAACUAAGAUCCACCGCAAGUACUGCAGCAAACGAGCAUUCUUCUCGUUCUCAUAGUAUCUUUAUAAUUCAUUUGGAGGGUAAGAAUGAAGGCACAGGAGAAAAAUCACAGGGUAUCUUAAAUUUGGUUGAUCUAGCAGGUUCAGAGAGACUAAAUAGUUCUAUGGUAGUUGGUGAGAGACUAAGAGAAACGCAGAGUAUAAAUAAGUCAUUAAGCUGUCUAGGUGAUGUCAUACAUGCAUUGAAUAGCCCAGAUGGACAGAAGAGGCAUAUUCCGUUUAGAAAUUCCAAGCUGACAUACCUCUUACAAUAUUCCUUGAUAGGCUCUUCCAAGACUUUAAUGUUUGUUAACAUCUCACCAGCAGCAUUACAUCUUAACGAAACUAUAAACUCGUUGCGUUUUGCAUCAAAAGUCAAUAAUACCAAGAUGAUAACUAGGAAUUAG